CUGAUAAAAAUCAAACUUAUUAAAAGUGUUAAAAUGGCAAUUAAUAUCAAAAAUCUAAUAAAAUUGAUAAUACUACUGAUUUUUUACAAAUCAGCAGUGUGUGCUGAUCCAAAGAUUGAGUCACGAACUUUUUACUGGAAAAUGUGUUCGAUAUUUAAAUAUUCAAAUUUUUGUUUGCCAUAUAUUUAUGGCCCGUAUUCGUAUCCGGCAUUUUCACAAAUUCCUGGCUCUGUUGUGCAAAUUGCACCCUUUCCAUUAAUCGUUAAUCCAUCCACAUCUGCUCCGAGCUAUACAAUACCAACGGUUUACACAACUACAGCUCGUCCAUUUUCGCAAAGCGUUCCUCAAGUGCCAAUCUAUCCAUCGAUUCCGAUAAUUCCAAAUCAACCAUUUCCACCAGUACAAAUUCCAUCAACAACACAGUGUCCACCGAACAUUGCAAUUUGUCCACCAGCUGCAUUGGCCGUACCGUUCGAUCCGCGACAGGGUCUUAUUCGACAAUUCAACGGUUGCCCAUGUAUGGAUCCACGCAAUGCAAACGCAUUGCCAGGAGCACAAUCAAUGAAUGUUGCUCCGAUGCCGCCUUCUUCACCGGGCGCUCCAGUUUUUGGCGCUGGUCCAAUCCCAUCUGGACCAAUCCCAUCUGGUGUACUGGGACCACCACCAAUUCCUGGCGCUAUAAUACCUAGACCAGCAGCGCUUCAAAUGGCACCCCUUCAAUUUCCUAGAUAUAGUCGUGCGGCAGUUUCAUCAACAAACAAUUGUGACUUUCAUAGUCAUCAAUGCACACGUUUAACUAGCUGCACUUAUUUUGAGAGUUUAAUUGAAAAGGGUAUUGAUGCACUGACGGUGGGACAAGAGCUACGAAAACUGUUUUGCGGCUAUGAUGGAUUUGAUAUUUUGAUUUGUUGUCCAUUGGCAAACUUAAACAAUACACCCCCUACAACAACUACAGCAACAACAAAUCAACCAACAAUGAUUGAUAUUUAUUCAACGUACGAUGGAGGUUUUGCAAAUAAUCAUGGCAUUGUUUUCAGCAGCAUAAAUUCACAUGGUUCCAUUGCACAGCCAAUGCAAAGCAUCUCGAGUCAUGUUCCACGUCCACUCGAGCCAGCACCACAAUCAUCCAAUGUAAACAAUGUUUUGGACUUUAAUUCGAAUCCAUUCAGUACUUCGCCGUCGUCGUCGUCGUCGUCAACAAACAAUCAUAUACAAGAAGUUCCUGCAAAACCACAAUCACCAUUUUCAUCAAGUGGUUUAAUGUUUGCCCCGUUGCUUGUGACUGCGUUUCCGAUACCACAGCAAACUGUAAAUUCUACCACGAAUCAUCAAAUCAAUCAUACUAAUCAGGCGGUGCCUCAAGUUACACAAAAACCACCAUUGUCAAUAGUGCCACCAACAACACACCAAACACCAUUUUCAAAUCCCACGUCCAAAUGUGGCAUUUCCAAAUAUACCGGUUCACGCGUUGUUGGAGGAAUGAUUACUCAACUCGGUCAAUACCCAUGGAUAGCAGCGCUGGGAUAUCGCUUUCCAAAUUCGAGUAUAAUUGGUCUGCAAUUUUAUUGUGCCGGAUCUUUGAUAACUAGAUCGCACAUUUUAACAAGUGCUCAUUGCAUCACACGUUAUUUGGCUGUUGCCCGGCUAGGCGAAUAUGAUUUAAACAGUCGAAAUGAUGGGGCCAGCCCCAUUGAUUUUGUCAUCGAACGGAGUAUAGUUCAUGAAGAAUAUGUGCCCGACAUAAUUUUAAACGACAUCGCGAUUGUGAAAUUGAGAUAUCAAGCUCCAGUUAAUGAUAACAUUCGACCCAUUUGUUUGCCAUUAUUCGAACCGCUACGGUCGGCGGAUUUAACAGGCUACCGGCCAUUUGUGGCUGGUUGGGGCUCUACACAUUUUCAAGGGCCACAAUCAUCAAUUCUACAAGACACGCAAGUCCCAAUUGUUUCAACAUUUGAAUGCGGCCAGAGCUAUAAAACUGUUUUUUCAUCGCAAAUAUUUGACGAGAGAAUCAUUUGUGCUGGUAAUGGUUUACACGAUGCUUGUCAGGGCGACAGUGGAGGACCUUUGAUGGUUUCAGAACUCUCGGAAAAUGAUGAAGGAUUCCAUUUUACACUUGUGGGAAUUGUGUCAUACGGCUACGAAUGUGCAAGAGAUGGCUUCCCAGGCGUUUAUACAAGAGUUUCAGCAUUUUUGCCAUGGAUUCAGCGAAAUUUAUCGUGAAUUUGCUCCUUUCAGCGAUCUUAUCAAUAUUUUUGAAAUAUUUAUAUUAUUUAUUUGGAGAC